AAAGCGAUCACACUGGCCUUCACUUUCUGCGCAGCAACCUCCUCGUUCACUCCAUGUAUUAAUAGGCUUCCACUUGUCAACAAAAUCUCAUCAGUCUUUUUCUCUCUAAGUCUUCGGAAGAAGACUCAAUAGAAUCUUAUUCGUUUUUUGUCUGAACCGUACAUCGCCAUGUCUCUACGUUGGAACAAACCGAAAACUGGUCGACUCUCGAGAUUCAUGUCGGAACUCCAACAACAGUCUCCGAAACGCGGCGGGAUCAUGGUCGUCGAAACAGGCUUCCCGACUUCUCUCAUCCACCUCUUCGUCAAAAACCGCGAUCGCCUUAAAAAAUCCUCCUCUAGAACCAAACGCAUCCUACAACAGAUUCAGACCGCUCCAAACGCUUCUCCCCCGGUCAUCACAGACGCGGCGGUUCUAGAGAAGCCCGUCCGGAGUAAGAUCGAGGACGUUCGUUUCGUCGACGGUGGACCAACGUCGGAAGAGCAUAAGCACGCAACGAGCGACAAGAACGUCUGCGGCGGCGGCGCGUUCGUUUUGACGGCGUUGAAGGUGUUUAUAGCGGCGGUGCUCGCCUUGAGCACGAAGAAGAAGCUCGCCACGGGGAUGGCUCUCUCCGCUUUUGCGCUCCUCCUAACGGAGCUCGCGGCGGCGCGUGUGCUCACGCGCUUUAGGUUCUGCGACGGUGGGGACGCGUGUGAAGAAAAGCCAGUGGUCUCCUCAGCCCACGACAAGAACGCAAUUUCCUGCGAAAAGAUUGAUGUGGAAACAGAGCCUAUAGCUGUAGUAACAGAGGACUCAAAUUCGAAAGUCUUAAGGAUUCGCGAUCUGUUGCUAAAGGACGAGAAGUCUACAAGCAAAAGUUCGAAGCUGAAAUCGAAGAUUCUGAAGAAGUUAAGGAGUUACAAGAAGAAGAAUAAAACGAUGAAGAUCAAAGAAGAGACUUUGACUGAUGUGUCGAGCUUGGUUUCAGAGGAUGAUUCAGAGAUAAUCGAAUCCGAGAGAGAGGAAGUGAAGUCGAGUCCGUUGUCAUUGAUAGAGUCAAAAGGAGGUAACAUGAAUGGGAUUGCUGUGAUCGUGAUUGUGCUUACUGGUUUGUUAAGUGGAAAGGUCGUAGCUAUUGGUUUGACACUGUCCUGUCUGUAUCUCAGAUUCGGAGCAGCAAAAAAGUCUGGUCUUUGUAUAUAAAAAAUAUUUUUUCUUCUUUCUUUACAGAACUUAGGCGAUCAUUGAUCAGUGUGGUGGUUUCUGUAAAUUUUUCUUAUUUGAUAGUUGGAAAUAAUAUAUUUUUUAAUUAAA